GUAUGUCAAAAUUUCCCUUGUAUUGUGGGUAUAUCGGUUAUCUUUUGUAGAAAAUACUAAAAAAAGUAGUGUAAUUGGUAUUUGGUUGGUAUAAAUUCCGUAAUUUUUAAUGUGCAAUCGAGCAGUAAUUAUUAUAAACACUAAUAACUUACUUCCUUGUUAAUAUGAGAGUGUUGUUAUCAUAUAUAGAGUUCUCACAAAGUGAUAGAUGAUUUAAGAGCGACUGUGGUAAUAAAGUAAUACCUCAGUAAUAAGAAAAAAAAUGACGAACCCAAAUACUCAUAAAACUAAAAACUGGAUGAACCGUUUGAGACAACUAAGUAUAAGAAGAAACCCUGGAGACCCUGUCGAUGAUGAUUUUACAACAGUGGUGUUUCGCAGACCACCUGCUGAUAGUGAUACUACAACUUGCUCUAGGACUCGUAACAGUUUUAGGAAAAGUUUAAGAAAAAUGCAGGCUAGAGUAAAAAAUGUAUUUAUGAAUAACAAUGUCCCUCCAAGCUCUAGGCAUACCAUUCACAUUUCAGCCUCUUCAGCCAGUUCUCAAUCUCGGGUUACACUUAGCUCACCAACGACACAUGUAGAAAAUAUAUAUAGCAUAGAGCCAAUAAAAAAGGAAUCUAUUGCAGAAGAACCAAUUUUUGAAAUUCCUCCCAGAGUAAUUAACGAUCAAAGUUUGUAUUCGAAUAGCUACGAGAGUCCGAUAUCUGCAGAAGGCCCUCUGCUAACCCCUAGAAGAGAAUCAAGAAGGAAUUUCCCUCAAUUGUCUGAAAUACAAAAUGGUCGGGUCCCUAAAGUAGAAGUCGUUAGUCUUUCGAAUUGUUAUUGGUACUGGGGGCCGAUUUCAAGAAUGCAGGCAGAGGACAGGUUGAGAAACUUCCCCGACGGAGCCUUCCUCAUCAGAGACUCAUCAUCCGACAAAUAUAUCUUCACGAUGAGCUUCAGAAGCGUUGGCAGAACUCUCCACACCAGAAUCGAAUUGAAUAAGAACGGGUACAGCCUCUUCAAUCAGGGGGGCUAUCAUAGCGUGGCGGAACUCGUAAACGACGCCUUGACGAAAUCCAAGAACGGAGUGUACUGUUACACUAAGUCCACGGACGAAAUAAGCCCCAAUUACCCCGUAAGACUUACCUUGCCAGUCUCGAGGUAUGACAAGGUGGCGUCACUGAAGCAUCUCUCUCGGUUCGUUAUUCGACAGUGCAUCAGCAUAAACGACACGGAAAAGUUGCCGCUACCUCGGUCGCUACUCGUUUAUAUCAAAGAAGACGGUUCGUAUUUCUGAAUUUCAUGGAACGUAAUAAUUAUUUAGUACUAAGUUUUUUUAUGUUUUUAUUUUUGGGAAUUUUUAAGUUUUAGCCGGUCCGAGCUAUGCUCUUAAUUUUUUUUAUGUGAAAUAUUAAAUUUGUAUAUUAUAACGAAAGCAUUCAGUUUUAUUACCAUUUUUUAAGGGAAAGAAGUAGAUAGAUACUGUCAUGAUAUGCGCAUUUUAUAUUUUUAUACUUCCUAACUGCUCCAAAAUCCGCAUUGCUGCACUGCACUGCUAUUUUUGCUAAUUU